AUGACAUUGGGCGGCGACGUGAAGGGCAAGAAGACCAAAGAGUCGACGGUUCGGAGUAAGCUCUUUCGAGCCACAGCGGGUCUCUCGCUGUACGAGCAGAGCCAUUUGGCGCACUCGGUGGCGACCACGGGCAACAACGUUCUCGAGACGAUUCAAAACAUGAAGUCGCGUUCUCAAAAGCAAAAGCAAGCGUCGAAGGAGUCGACGGCCAAGUUUCAAUGGCUUCACGACCACAUGCACCUUAAAAAGAUAGAGCAGACGGCAACGAAAGACGUCGAUGCGACUGUCUUGCGGCUCGUCAACUCCGAGCUCCCAGUCAACGACCACCACGACCACUCGUAUGAAGCGGUAAUCGCUGCGGCUGUCACCGAGAUGCAAACGCAGCGCUUGGGGCAGCUGAAUGUGCACCAAAAUGACCGAGAUAAUCGAAAUACCAUGCGUCGCCUUCUCGCAUCGAUUCAAGCCGAAGCACCGUCCAAAGGCCCCACCUGGUAUAGUCAAGUCAAGAUUCAACUGCAAAAUCUCAUGCUCGACUCGAUUGUCGGGCAUCAUAUGCUUACCGAGCAGCUCAGCGCCGAGGCCGAGGCCUGUGAGAAGGAGCUUCAAGUGGCUUGCCAAGCGCUUUGCCGUCAGCAUCGCACCGCUGGUGUGACGACACCUGGUGCGAGUACCGAAGACGUAUGGACACAGCUCAUGGCCGCGACUCAACCCCAGCGAGAUGAAGACGAGGCUCUCAGCGAUGGUGUCGACCCGAUUCUCAAAUACAACCUCCUGCUUGAGUUUGAGACGCUGCAGACCCAGCUUGAAGCGGACCUUGCCGGCCUUGAAGAGGGGUACCGGGCCAGCAUGGCGGCAUAUGGCUGCGCAGUGGAGCAAGUAACUGCGACGCCGCCAAAGCAUCCUGGCUGGACCGACGAGGACCACGAGCGGUAUCUCAAAGUGUUUAAAGACUGCGAGCCCAAAGGCAUUCGCAACGAAGCAUUUCUCAAGCGCCUCGAGCCUCUUCUACCGCAAAGGUCAAGAAAGGAUCUGGCAGCCCAUGACCAAUGGCACCGAACGCAUCGGCGGCAUCUGCAACAGACCCAAGAGCGACAGGCCGACUACACGCGACAACAUUCACACAUCUUUGAGAAGGCUAAAACGCAGCUCGCCGAUGCGAUCGAGACGCAUCGAGCGCGACAGUCGAGCCAAGCCGAGCUCGCACGGCGCGCCGCAGCACAAGCCGUCUUGCAUGAAAAGGUGGCGCGCUUCCAGCUCAAACGCAACGUCAAGGCCGAGAUGGCUGCGCACCAGAGCGAGAUUGCUCGCCUCGAGGCCCAAGCACUCCAGGAAGCUAUGGAGGCCAAGCGCAAGAAGGAACACGAGCUCAAGAAGAAGUUGGUGCAGGAGCACAAGGGUUGGCAAGAGCUCGGUGCCAUCGCAGACGAAGAGGCGGCGGCGGUCGCACGGGCGCGCGAAGACGAAGCCAAGGCCGCGCAAGCCGUGAUCAAUGCCGAGCGUGUCCAACACCGCAUGGACGAGUGGGAGCACAAGACAGAGCUGCAAAAGCAACAGCUACAGCGCCAGCAAGACGAAGAAGCGGCACGACGACAGGCCUUGGAAGCGCUCAAGCUGGAAACACCGUACGCGGCCAAGCUGGCCGAAAUCCAGAUCGAUCCCGAAAGAACGCGGCAGCCCACAGUCGCCUUUCAGGCCAACGUCGACGCAGCCCAGGAGCCGCUAGGCGUCCAUGAGUCGGGCCUAUUCCCGUCCCACGGCUAUGACACGGACAAACUCUUCAAGGACGCGCGGUUUAAGCUCGGUCUGGCGCUGCAGGACGCAGGGCUGGCCAAAACAGAGUACGCACGGCAAGCCAUGGCCACCAUCUCCGUGCGCAAUGCUGGCUCGUACCGCCAUAAUGUGCAGCCCAAGACUCAGCUUUGGUAGCUAUCAAUCGCACACUAUAUCGGUGGGAGCUUUGAUGUCAUUUCACAUGAAAGUCCGUCGAAUCCGUG